AGUCUGAAAUACGUGAACGGGCGCGACAACAGGCGGGAACGCAAAGAAAAACGUGUCUGAGCGAGGUAAACGGGCAUGAGUGUUGUCGCUCGGACUAACCCCCGUGGGGAGAUGCUUAGGAAGCCAAUCAAAAGGAUAAAGUAAUAAGUAUACAGCAUAACAAGAGCGACGACAGAAGAAAAUUCAAGAUGACGAAAAGACAGUUCCUCCGGCUGGUCCGUCAGAAGGAGGACAGAAAAUGUAUUGGCAGAGAGGAGCAUAUGGGCGCAAGUCAUGCGUGCUCCGGACUGUGUGCCUGAUGCAUCAGCCUGCUAUAUUCAGUAUACGCCGCUUCCGCCAAUUAAUCGUCCGCGUUUCGACUCCCGCCUCCGCGAUCCCCCAACUUUCCCUCCGACAUGUCUCUCUCGCCCUCAGACGUCUCAAACACCUCCGAGAGCCCCCUCAAGCGGCGCAGAAACACGGACGGCAACGGCGUGCCCGCAAUGGAUGCCGCGUCCCCGACCGCGUCUUUUGCGUCUGGCCAAUCUCCGCAGGUCCAUAUUCCAAAACGCGGGGCACGCGCAUGCACUGCGUGCAGGAAGGGAAAGAAUCGGUGUGAGGGCGAGGCGCCCUGUCGUCGUUGCCAGCUUUCCGGAGCACAAUGUAUUUUUGAGAAACCAGAAAAGAAGAAAGACGCAGCGCUCGUAAAUGGGAGCAUUGAACGCGUCUCCCGCCUUGAGGGCCAAUUUCUCGUCAUGCAAAGCCAGAUGAUCGGACUGCAGUCUUCUCUAGACCGCAUCUUAUCUGCCAUUCAGGGCCAAGUUGCACCCGCAGGGAGAUAUGGGCAGAAUAAUCCAGCUGCCGCGGCGCGGGACAUGCAGGGCGUGUAUGUGACUGCAAACGGGCCUCCGCGCGGCAGCGUCGAUAUCUUCAACCCGUCAGAGGCGGCCGAUCAACCCCAGCGGCAUCCGGCAAAAUCAUUUCCCCCUCUACCUGGAUUUGCACCUCCGCCUCACAAAUAUGCAACUUAUGGGAUUGUUCCCAGCACCGCACCUUCCUCAGACGAUGAAUCAGAAGACACGCUACCACGUUCGUCUCUGAAUGCACCAAUCGAGGCAUUACAAGGCCUUGCAAAUGCUGCCGCUGAGGCUGCUGCAGCUCCGUCCGACUCCCCGCCGAGGGUCAGGAAACGAAAGAAGGCUGAGCCGACGCCUAGAAACGCCUUUCCUCAUGUUGUAGAAAAGGGCUUGGUAACGGACGCGGAGGCAAGAGAACUAUAUCAUGUUUUCUUUUCGGGCUGCCACAUAUUCAUUCCACUGUUCGACCCAUCCUACGAUACAUAUGAGGGCCUAAAAGAGCGUACACCCUGGACAUUUGACGCGAUUCUAGCUAUUGCAAGUAAAAUUAGAAGUGGUACCAGCGCACUCACGCCUACUUUCUACAAAUGUCUUGAAGAGGCCCAGGGCAUCGCACGUUCAUCUUUAUUCGGACCUAUCGUCAGGAAAGAAGCGGUCCAAGGUAUGCUUUUGCUGGCAGCUUGGAGCACGAAUGGCUGGCUUCCAUCUGGACACGCCAUGCGUAUGGCUCUUGACCUGGGGCUUCACCGUGCCUUGGAGAAACUCGCGGACCCGCAUGCAAAGCGACGCUCAGAGGAAGAAGAGCGGGAUUUAGUGGUUUCUGCGCGGAUUUGGCUCUGCCUUUAUUGGUUUGAUCACCAGAUGAGCCUAGGGACCAGCCGACCUAUCGUCCUUCGAGACGAAAGCUCAAUAAGACAUUGCCGGCUUCUGCUUACGCAUCCGAUGGCAUCUCCGACGGAUGUCCGUCUAAUUUCUAUGGUAGAGCUUAUCGCCCAAAAGACACAAAUUUAUGAGACGUUGACACCGCUGAAUGGACAAGUCAAUCAUAGUACUUUACAAUUUAUUCGUCGCGCUAAUGUAGCGCUCGAUAAAUGGUGGGCAGACAACAACGAACUACAUGCUCGGACACUUGAUGAAGAUUCUCUACCGCGCAAGAUACUCGCCGGUGAGCUGCACUAUGCCAAAUUGUGGCUAGUAUGCCUCGCGCUUCGAGGUGUUUCAUGGGAUAAGAUGCCGUUUGAGCAGCGAGAACUAGCGUUUGACGCGAAGGAUGCGGCGUCGACGUGUCUCUCUAUCUUCUUGAACUCACCAUCGUACCGAGCUGCGCUCCGAUACGCUGUACAUGACAGCCUUGUUACUGCUGCCUUCUCGGGACUCUUCCUCCUAAAAAUGGCGAACCUAUUCCCUUCGGAUCUCGACCUUGCAGGGAUCAUAACCCAGGUCGAGCAGCUUGCUCAGCUUCUGUCUGAUGUAGCGGCAGAAAGAUAUGCUCUGACACUACGCAUCAUGCUCGCAAAUCUUCGCCGGAAGGUAGGGGUGCUCACGGCCCCGCCGCUUCCAAGCAUCCCGCUACCCGCUGGCGCGGAGAACAUGCUCGUCUCGCCAUCAUACAUCGAUCCUGGCGCUGUACCCGCACCAAUGACAAUGGAAGAACUCGGCUUCGCAUGGCCAAGUGAACGGGGGAUCUUCUCACCCUCUGCGAUCCCAACAUGGUUACAGGAAGGCAGUCUCACGGACCUAGGAAUACCGAUGAACGGCUCCGAUGGCAUAUUCCUACAACUUGCAGGCCCGAACGGCUGGGCGGGCGAUUUCGCACCGAUGCCAGAAGCCUGGUGAAAAAAAAGGCAGUAUUCUGUAUGCAUGCGUGUUACUGUAUACGUGCCUAUUGCCUCCGUUGGAAGUUGUGUAAAAGCGCAAUAAGCGGGUGAGGAUGCCUAUUGGGGCUGAGUCUGUUUUGGGAGGAAAAUAUCCGUCGACUCGGCGGGUUCUACUGACUAUUGACUAUUUCAUUGGUUUGUUGGUUGGCGACGACGAUGGCCCUGGGCUUGUUCCUGUAUCUACCGUCCAUUCUCUCACCAUCUUAUCGUGAUAUUGACUCUCAUUUGCUGCUUGGGAGCAUUCGUUGUUCUGACCGACUGAAUUCUUUCUGUGACACCUACCUACCUACCUACCUAGCUACUCACCCUCCUAUCUACCUACCUGUCUACUUUUUACGUUGCUUUGUCCACCGCUGUAUUAGUCCCUCCUUCGUAUUCAUGUACAUAACGAUUG